AUGAUAAAUGGUAUGCAAUAAAUAGAUUAGUUAUCAUUUUAGAAGAUUUUGCUGAAGUAACUGAAUACCUAAGCGGAAGUAAUUAUACAACUAUUAGCUUAAUGUAUAGUUUAUUAGCAAUAAUUAGUAAAAAUAUAGUACUUGAUGAUUCCAGUAUAGAAGUUGUAGAUUUAACCAGUCCAAAUACUGCCUUUGAUGAUAAUGUUGGUUACGAAGAUGCACUAGAGGAUGAAAAAAUCAACAUUAAUAUUCUACAAAACUGUAAUGAUCUUAAAAAUCGCGUUAAAGCAGCACUAUAUCAGUCUAUUAAUCACUAUUGGAAAAUCCCACAAGAGCAAGGAAUAUUGGCUACUUUGUUAGAUCCACGAUUCAAAAAUCAAGAAACUGAAUCUAGACCCAUUUCAUCAAAUUCAUUGUUGGCAAGAAUGUUUCAAAAUGAUCACACUUGUAUUGAUGAA